GACGUUUGGGCCGGGUUUUGGGACUCUGUUGGGAACAUUUCGGGGCGGGAGAGGCCAAGGUUGCUGGGGAAAUGCCCAUUCUCCACUUCCCUUCUCCCUGUCUGUGCCUGAUUUGAUUUGAGCCUCAUAACUCGAAGAAAGGUCAGCUUCAUCGCUAUUUUGGUCCUAACUCAAAAGCAGAUCCAGUAAAGGUUUUUGUUGUAGAAAGCCAAGAAUGCUAUUCAGUGCGCCCAAAGUGCAGAGUAAUGAGUGGCCUCUCCUUUCCCCAGCCCUAGAGGCCACUCUGCUCAGUUUGCUGUCUUCCUUCCAGACGUUUCUGGACAUUAGUAAACAUGUAACAAAUACAGUGGACUGGUUCUGUGUCAAGUAUUUAACAGUUCUGGGGACACGGGUGUUACCUGCCUUCAUGGUGCUCUCAGGGUCUGAAAGAGGAGAUCUGCAUAAAUGAGAAAAUCAGGAAAGGCUUUCUGGAAUGGGUGGUGCUUAAGCUGAGCGCUGUAAAAUAAGUAGGAGUUAAUCAGAGGAAGAAAACACCAAGCAGCGGACACGAUGGGCAAAGGCCUUGGGCAGGAGGGAGCGGGACAGAGGACCGGAGAGAAAGCAGUGUGGCUGCGGUCCUGAGGUGAGGGUCAAGAGUGGUGCUUCUGGAGUGGGGCGUUCAGUCUUAAGCUUUAUUCAGGGGCGAAGGAGUCACUGGAGACCGAAGUGACACCUCUUUCGCAUCUUAAAAGCUCCCCCUGGCUGCUGUGUGGAGAACGGGUUGAAGGGAGGGCACUCUGCGCUGAGUGCCAGAGAGGGCGGGCGUCGGGAUGCCUGGGAGUCGGCCACACGGAUCUGUGGGCUUCCUCUGCGCUAGCCCCCGUUGCAAGCACUUGACAUUGAAUGAGUCCCAACGAUCCCAUAGGGUGUCUACCAGUACCAUUUUUGCAGAUGAGGAUACAGACGCCCCAAAAGGUGAAGUCCUGGUGGGUUUUACCCACUCGUGUCACCCUGACUUUUCGGCACUGGUUUGGUCAUCCUGUCCCUCUGGGUAGGCGCGCAGCCCUAGGUUCUGCUCCCGACAGGCCGUCGCGGGAUCGGAGCCCUCGGGCGCCUCCCCCUCCGCUGUGGCUGCGGAAGCGCGGAAGCCCGCGGCGCUGGAGUUGGACCUUGAGGCGAGGGAACCCGGCGUCCGCGGGGGCGGGGAGGGGGCGGGGCCUGAGCCCGCGCGUCGGCGCCGGCGCCAAGGGGCGGCCUCUAGCCACACCGAGUCAGCGGCGGCGUCCAGGGUCGGCAGCUACCGCAGCAGAGCCCCAGCGAGCGGGCGGCGGCGCCAUGGCGUGCGCGGGGCUGCUCACCGUGUGCCUGCUCCGGCCGCCCGCGCCCCAGCCCCAGCCCCAGACCCCGCGGUACCCCCAGCUCGCGCCGGACCCGGGGCCCGCCGGACACACGCUCUUCCAGGACGUUUUCCACAGAGCAGACAAGAAUGAUGAUGGGAAGCUCUCAUUUGAGGAAUUCCAGAAUUACUUUGCCGAUGGGGUUCUCAGCCCGGGGGAGCUGCAGGAACUGUUCAGCGGCAUUGAUGGGCAUCUCACCGAGGACCAGAGGAUGCCUGGGGACAGCUGGGCCCCGCCUGCUUCCACCCGAGAAUGCAGUGCACGAACACGCAACUAUCUACCCCUUGUGUGCUCCCACAUCUACGCGUCUUGGCAGGAGUUGCACGCUCCUUCCUGUGCCUGCUCCCAGGGGUGCAAACGCACGAACCGCUGUUACUCCCUCUACUUCCCUUCUCCCUCUUCCUGAGGGUCAGUCUCAGGCUCCUGAGACUUGGGCUGGAACCUUCGUCUGCAGUGCUCCCCCUCCCCUCCUGGCCAGACUCCCUAGCCAGUUCCUUGUCCUUCAGGGCCUCACUUAGGCAGCUCUUCCUCUAGGAAACCCUCCCUAACCUACCAACUAAAUACCCCAUGCCGCCCCUGGACUUCCCUGCACCUGGCUUCCCCUUCGCAGCUCUGACCACUUCUCACUGGCCUGUGUCCACAUCCAUCUUCCCCUGGCCUGAGAUCCUCUUGGCAGCCAAGAAUGGGUCUGAAUCUUUGCCCUUAGAGUGAUUGGUGGGGGCAGUAGAACCCAUUCUCUAACCCUGCAAGGAUUCUGUCCACAGGAGCAACUUAAUCUGGGGUGGAGCAGAAGUGGCCUUGUUAGGCUGAGCUGGGAGUUGGUGGGGUGGGAUGUGGGGCAUUGGCCCCAUUAGUCCCAGUUUACCAGGCCCAGGUCUGAAGGGCGCCUUCUC